AUGUCGCGCGCGACAGGCAGGCACACCCGCCCCAAGAAACUCAACGCCAAACAGAAUGUCCAGAUUUUUCGUGAGGAUCAAGUUGAAUCAUUGAUCGACUAUGAUUCUCAGAGAGCUCAAAUAGAAACUGGUGUUGAAAAGGCCGAGGAAGCCGAAUACCAUCUCCAACAAGCCAUCAAAGCGUCAGAAGUAGCAAAAGCUGAUUCCAAAAUCAAAGAUGCAUACAUCCCAACUCCACCUACCAUUGCAAAUGAUGUUCAAUAUGACGUCCUCUACCCCAAAGGCUUUCAACAGCCCGCAACAUACAUCCGCUUCUCAGCCACAGUCGAAGAUUGUGCUGGAGUGGCGUAUUGCAUGGAUGAGGAGGAUGAACUUGCCUUGAAAUUGCUCAACAAGACGUUACCUGCAGAGCAAGCUCCUUGUACGGAAGAUCAAUUUGAAGAAGUCAUGAACUUCUUCGAAGAAACCGCUCAGACAAAACAGCCUUUUGCUGCUGUCGAUAGUCCUCCCGUCUUACCUUUAGAAGAACUGCAAGAACAGUUUGACAAUAUCAUUCCUCCGCACGUGAGAAAUCUUUCCAAGUUCCUGUAUGAACAUUGGAAAUCCCGGCGGACCGUCACAGGAAACCGCGGGCUGGCUCCUCGACUCAAGUUUGAGACUGGUCAAGAAACAGAUGACUCAGAUCCAUAUGUUUGCUUUCGACGACGAGAACUUCGUCAAAUUCGGAAGACCAGAAAUAGAGACGCUCAGAGUGCUGAUAAGCUGCGGAAGCUUCGGCUGGAACUCGAAACCGCGCGGAAUCUUCUGCUUAUGAUCAAACGGAGAGAAUUCUUGAGGAAAGAAACCCUCGAGAUGGAUCGCCUGGUCUUUGAGCAGCGCCUAGCAUUCAGAGAAACAAAGAGAAAGUUGGGCAUGAAGGGAGACGAAGAUCUGCUCAUCAAUCAAAAGAAGCAGAAACUUCCAACUGGCAUGACUCCCAACCAAGCUGCUCUUGCUCACCAACUUCGAAUGCCCAUGGUUCCGGGUAGUGGCCCAGAAUUGCGUACUCUUGAGGAUGUAAUCGCUGCCAAGGAACGUGACAUGGAGAAGGAAAUCCAGACGAAUGUUGACAAGCAUAUCCGAUGGAAUGAGGGGUUCGUCGAUAAAACCAUGGCACCACUCACUCCUGAACUCGAACCCGAACAUCCAGAGCCAGAUGACCAUUUCCGAGAAGCAUUGGCAGCUAGUGUAUAUCUUCCAACGCCGCCAGCCAGUAUUUCAGAUGAAGAAUCCCAUCCACAACAAGAUGGUCCAGAUGUAAUAAUGAAAGACACGCCUCGCCCACCAACACCGAUCCGGUAUGCAACACCUCCCAGUGACGAUCAUGGUACACAGAUACCAUCUUUCCGAAGAAGACUAGGUAGAGGCGGUCGAAUCAUGAUAGAUCGAAAACUCCCUCGACCGAGACGAGAUCCUUCUGACGACGACAGAUUCAAGUUUGACUCCGAUGAUGAUGAAUCCUCCGUCUCGGAUUUGAGAACCGAUGAUGUUUUAGGCCGUAUGAUCCAGCGUGCUUACCUCAUGGGCAACAGUCGACCAACAGACGCCCAGGGGUUAUCAGCGAGGAAAGCUCAGGUCGAGGCUGGUGCUCCCAGUCAGUCAUCACCAGCAGGUCCACAACAGCAGCAGUCAACAUCUGCACCUUCUUGA